UCGAUGUGCUGGUGUUCUGUUUGUCUUGUCUGAAUCGACAUGGCGGCCUACUGUGAGGGAUAAUGCGGUUGCUGAAAAGUCUCAUGUCAACAUGUCACUCUUGAGACUGUGUGCCUUCUCAUCAUGUCUGAAAAGCAGCCUAAUUAUCGACAAUACUGUACGAUAUGCCUUCAAUGCCAAUCACUGCCUCUCCUGUCUCAGAAUUCGGGGUAACAUUGGAAAACGAGUUACGGACACCACCUGGGUUUGUCGACGGCGGUAUACCGCUUUAAUCCCAAAGAAGGAAGAGGGGAGGAAUCGCUUGAGACAACAGUGUCAGCUUGUGGAUGUGCUCGAAGCCAGGAUCCAGCAGCUGCAGUCUGACGUCACUUUAGGCGUCAAACACUCAAAUGUGCAAUUUGCCAAAGCACCACAGACUGGAAGAGGCAGCGCCUCUGGUAAAGGUUCGAAACAUGGCUCUGGAGACAAGGGCAAGGCGCCCAAGUCAGGCCAGGCCAGGAGCUCGGGUAAAGAGGACUCGUCCUCAUCAACGCCAAAGGCACACAACCGUCGCUGGAUGGAGAAGUUGCAGAUCGAGAAGUGGGACAAGUCCAGGAAGCAGGUACGGCUCCAGCAGAAGCUCCAAAACAAGGAGACGGAGCAGACCCCCGGUAGCGCCAUGCUGCCGGGCACAUCGAAAAAGACAAUAUCGACCGCUGCCAAAAAGAGCAAGGGCAAGAGCAAGGUCAAGUUAAAACAAGACCAGGGCACCAAGGUCAAAUUAAAGCAAGACGAUGGCACCAAAACCAAGGCACAUCCUCCUCCUCCUCCUCCUCCUCCUCCUCUUCCUUCUCCUCCAAACCGCAAUGCUCCCAGAACUGCGGUGGCCUUCCAUGAGUUUGUGACCAGGGAGGAGGAGCUGGCGGAGGUGGAGGAGCUGGAUCAGCAGGUCAACCAGUGGGCCCCAACGUCCCCCAACGUGGAGAAGCUCCUGGAGGACAAGGAAGGGAACCGCUACGAGGACGCCCAGCUCAGCCUGCGCUGCUUCCUGGAGGCCUCCGUGUUCAUCGGCGACGCCGACCGCGCCCAGCGCUGCCUCAACAACCACCACAACAACAUCACCAAGCGCAAGCUGCUCUCCAUGAGUGCCUACAACAUCAUGCUGAGAGUGUGGGCCAAAAAAGGGACCGUUUCCCAGAUAGGGCGGCUGUUUGCCAUGAUUGAGGAAGCUGGCCUGAAGCCCAACCUGAGCUCAUACGCAGCUGCACUAGAGUGCAUGGGCCGUCAACCCAGCACCUCCUCACAUGUCAUCAACAGGUGCCUGUUGCAGAUGGAGGAGAACGGCCUGAGCGUGGACGACCUCUUCAAGCACACGGUGUUCCGGCGGGACGAGAGGGAGAUGGUGCUGAGUGCCGUCCAGGUCAUGCGUCCCGGCUACCAGCCCAGCACCACCCUGGACCAGCAGAUAUGCCCCUCGCCGCUGGUGCAGGACUUCUACGAAGAGAGGGCCACAGCGGAGUACCCUAAGCUGGCGUUCAGCGUGGAGGACCUGAGGCAGCGCUUCAGCCAGCAGCUGGCCAUGGAGGGGGCCAGCACCGUCACCAUCGACUCAGUGGAGGCCCUCAAACCAGUCACACCACUCAUGGCCAAAAUGAGAGAUCUGCUGGCGUCUCAGAAGGAGCACUGGCGCACGUCUCUGCUGAAGGCCCUGAGAGAGAGCAAAAUGGUGAUGUCCCACAGCGACAGCAAGAGCUGGAAGAUCAACCUCUACCCCUACCUCCGCAUCCUGGACGACAAGGAGUAUGUGGACGCCAUGCUGCAGUGUAUGGCUAACCUGCCACCCAGCGGGGAGACCCUGCUCUUCAUGGCCCGGGAGCUGGGCAGUCGCAUCCAGAACAAGUUCUGCAUCCGUCAGAAGGUCCACAGCCAGAUGGUGGACAAGCUGGCUGUGAUCUACAGCCAAUACGUUGAUCUGCUAGCAGAAGACAGACCGACUAGUGACCUGCUACCUCGUGAGCAGUGGGUGGAGCUGGAGGCGGAGCUGAGUGCUGGCCCCUCCCUCCUGUACGAGGCCACGCCCUGGCCCAACCUGCUGCUCAUCCAGCUGGGCACCUUCCUGGUGGACCUCAUGGUGCGGGAGCUCAAGUUGCCCAGCGACCUGCUCUCUCCCGCACCUGGCACCGCGUCCGGGCCGGGUCACAGCCACAAGCUCCUCAACGUGCUUUAUCACAUGUACACCUUCCGUGGAAACCGACAGAUCGGCUUCAUCAAGCCGCACCCCAUCCUGACGCAGCUGAAGCUGGACGCCAUGGAGACGCACCUGACGUUCGACUCGUACAUGAUCCCCAUGCUGUGCCCGCCGGUGCCCUGGACCUCGCCGCGCUUCGGCGCCUACCUGCUCACGCCCACCAAGCUUAUGCGCUCGCCGGACGGCGCCGUGCAGCACCAGCUGAUGCUGGAGAAGUGCCACAACCGGGAGCUGCACGCCGUGCUGGACUCCCUCAACCAGCUGGGCAACUGCGCCUGGCGCAUCAACCAGCCCCUCCUGGACACCGUGGUGUCCAUCUUCAACGACAAGGGCGAUGAGAAGCUGGACGUGCCGCCCCCGGUGUCCGAAGCGCCCGAGGUGCCGCGCUUUCGGGAGCGCGGAGUGGCGUUCGACGCGGCCGAGAAGGCGGCGCUGAAACGCGAGGCGCUGCGGGCGAAGAAGCGGUUCGCCGAGAUGCACAGCCUGCGCAUGGACGCCCUGUACAAGCUGUCCAUCGCCCACUACAUGCGCGACCAGGUCUUCUGGUUCCCGCACAACAUGGACUUCCGCGGACGCACCUACCCGUGCCCGCCCUACUUCAACCACCUGGGCAGCGACGUGACGCGCGCUAUCCUGGUGUUUGCCGAGGGCAAGGCGCUGGGGCCGCAAGGGUUGGACUGGCUGAAGAUCCACCUGGUCAACCUGACGGGGCUGAAGAAGAGGAGCUCGCUGGACGGGCGCCUGGCCUACGCCAACAGCAUCAUGGAGGACAUCCUGGACUCCGCAGACCGCCCACUCACUGGUAGGAAGUGGUGGAUGAAUGCAGAUGAGCCCUGGCAGACUCUGGCCUGUUGUAUGGAGAUAGCCAACGCCUCCCAGUCACCUGACCCUGCCAAGUUUGUCUCCCACUUCCCCGUGCAUCAGGACGGCUCCUGCAACGGGCUGCAGCACUACGCUGCGCUGGGCCGGGAUGUGAUCGGCGCCACCUCGGUGAACCUCAUGCCCUGUGACGAGCCCCAGGACGUCUACAGUGGCGUGGCACAGCAGGUGGAGGAGUUCCGUGCGCGUGACGCCCAGAACGGGCUGAGGAUCGCGCAGGUGCUGGAGGGCUACAUCAGCCGCAAGGUGGUGAAGCAGACGGUGAUGACGGUGGUGUACGGGGUGACGCGCUACGGAGGACGCCUGCAGAUCGAGAAGAGGCUCAAGGAGAUCGAUGACUUCCCCGAGGACCAGAUAUGGGAGGCCUCUCUGUACCUGGUGCAGCAGGUGUUCAGUGGCCUGAAGGAAAUGUUCACCGGCACCAGAGAGAUCCAGGACUGGCUGACGGAGAGCGCGCGACUGAUCGCUAAGUCAGGCAGCACGGUGGAGUGGGUGACUCCCCUGGGCCUGCCCAUCGUACAGCCCUACCACCGCAUCCGCACCCAGACUCUGAAGAGCAACAUUCAGCUCCUGAACUUGCAAAUUAGCCACGAUGCCAGCAUGAAGCCCGACACUGUGAAGCAGAAGAACGCCUUCCCUCCCAACUUCAUCCACUCGCUGGACUCCACGCAUAUGAUGCUGACGUCUCUCUACUGCUAUAGAGCUGGGCUCACUUUCGUCUCCGUCCACGACUGCUUCUGGACGCACGCGGUGACUGUCAACACUAUGAAUAAGAUUUGCCGGGAACAGUUUGUGGCGCUGCACAGCCAACCGAUCAUGCAGGACCUGUCUAAGUUCCUGCUGCAGAAGUACUGCUCCAAGGACCCGGGCGAGAGGAAGAAUAAGAAGUUCAUGGAGUACAGGAGGAUGAUGCAGCUGCUGGGCAGAGUACCUGAGACAGGUGAUUUCAAUCUGGAACGUGUGAAGGAGUCGACUUUCUUCUUCAGCUGAUAAGGAGGAGGUGGGCAACUGAGAGGCAAAGCGGCCGAGUGGGAUUAACGAGGACAAGGAUGGGAGGUGUGUGGGGGAGAGCCAUACCUACCCUAGGAGUCAGGGCUGGACUGGUCAUCUGGCAUGCAGGGCAUUUUCCCGCUGGGCCGACAGUCCUCAUGGACCGAUGCUUUUGUUUUUUGUUUGUUAAAAUUUUUUCCUCGGAAAGCGGCCCACAAUUGAGAUGGGGCGGCCCGUCGGUGCGUCAUCAAUAUACAGCGGACUGUCACUGAGCCCAUCAUAAUUGUAGUAUGGGCGUGGGGGGUUAAGGGGAGCUGCUCUAUGCCAACAAUGCCCAAGCAGGUUUGUGGUCCCAGCCCAGCCCAGCCCAGCCCUGCCCAGCCCUGCCUGGAGUCUGUGCAUCGAUCGUGAAGGGCACACAAGACAGGUGGGAGUGAAAGCCAUACAGGGGAGGAUACAGUACAAGGACUCCCAAGGAAACCAGAGCCUCACAGAGGCUCACAAAGAUGGACACUCACUGAACCGCUGAUGACUCAUGUGAACGACUCAGUGUUAACCCUCCUAAAGGCUCUGACAUUAGUGUGUAUGUGUUUUAUUGUUCAUGUGUGCUAUUGUGUAUACGUGGGAUUUACGCAUGCAUUAUGGCAUGCAUAGGUGUGUGUGUGCGUGCGUGCGUGUGUGUGCGUGCGCGUGUGUGUGUGCGUGCGCGUGUGUGUGUGUGUGCGCGUGUGUGUGCGUGCGAGUUUGUGUGUGUGCGUGUAAACAGCAGCUGCUCUGGGAGAUAUUUUUGUGGUGUUAUUUUUUCCAUCUGAUUUGUUUAAUGCACCCAUUAUCAUCGAAGCGUGAGAGAGGGUUGGGGUGUGGGGAGUGUGUGUGUGUGUGUGUGUGUGUGUGUGUGUG